CUGCAAACCCAUCAUUUGAUGAAUGCCAUGUUUGUUCUUAGCAAUAGCAUCUUCUUGAACUGUCUCUUCCAUCUUCAAUGUCUUCCUUUCUCAUCUCUUUCCUUCUCCUCAUCCUUCUAAACUCAGUUUCAUCCACAGAGUUCAUUUACAACACCAGCUUCAACUCCACCAACACCCUUCUCCACGGCAACGCCACCACUGAAUCUUCCAUUCUCACCCUCACCAACCGUUCCACCUUCUCUGUGGGCCGUGCCUUUUACCCCUUCAAGAUUCCCACAAAGCCUCCCAACUCCUCAACCCCUUUACCAUUCUCAACCUCCUUCAUUUUCUCCAUUGCUCCAUUCGAGGACCUUCUCCCUGGCCAUGGCUUUGUCUUCAUAUUGUCACCUUCUGCAGGCGCCACUGGGGUGAGUUCUGCUCAGCAUCUUGGCCUCUUCAACCUGACCAACAAUGGUGAUCCCAACAACCAUGUGUUUGGCGUUGAGUUUGAUGUGUUUGACAACCAAGAGUUCAAUGACGUCAAUGACAAUCAUGUGGGGGUGGACAUAAACUCUCUCACUUCUUUCACUUCCCAUGCAGCUGGGUUAUGGGGUGGGGAGGGUAGUGACAAGUUUGAGGAUUUGAAGCUUAAUGGUGGUGAGAAUUAUCAGGUGUGGAUUGAUUAUUUGGAUUCUAGAGUUAAUGUCACGAUGGCCCUUGCAGGCCAAAAAAGGCCUCAGAAGCCCUUGAUUAGUGAGCCUGUGGAUCUUUCUGAAGUUCUCUUGGAUGAAAUGUAUGUUGGAUUUUGUGGGGCCACAGGGCAGCUUGUGGAGAGUCAUAAGAUUUUGGCUUGGAGCUUUAGUAACUCUAAUUUUUCCAUUGGUGAUGCUUUGGUGACUAGAAACUUGCCUUCAUUUGUGAUUUCCAAAGAAUCUGUUUUGAGGUCAAAGGGUUUUAUUGUAGGGAUUACUGCAGGUGUUUUCUUUGUCAUUGGUGGUGCUGUUGUGAUACUUGUGCUGUUUAUGAGAAGAAAAAGGAGCAAAAGAAAGGAGGGAGAAGUGGACAUUGAAGAUUGGGAGCUAGAGUAUUGGCCACACCGUGUUAGGUAUGAAGAUAUUUAUGCUGCAACUAAAGGAUUUUCAGACCAAAAUGUAAUUGGCUUUGGAGGAAAUGGGAAAGUCUAUAAAGGGAUUCUGCAAGGAGUACAAGUUGCGGUGAAAAGAAUUCCUUGUGACAGUGAACAUAGAAUGAGAGAGUUUUUGUCUGAGGUUUCAAGUUUAGGCAGGUUGAAGCAUAGGAAUGUGGUGCCAUUGAGAGGUUGGUGUAAGAAAGAGAGAGGGAGCUUGAUAUUAAUCUAUGACUACAUGGAUAAUGGAAGUUUUGAUAAAAGGAUAUUUAAUGGUGAUGAGAACGCAAUCUUUGGGUGGAAUGAUAGAGUCAAGGUGCUGAAGGAUGUGGCUCAAGGAAUAUUGUAUUUGCAUGAGGGUUGGGAGGUUAAGGUGUUGCAUAGAGACAUCAAGGCAAGCAAUGUGUUACUUGACAAGGAUAUGAAUGCAAGGUUGGGGGAUUUUGGACUAGCCAGAAUGCAUCAUCAUGAGCAGAUUGCUGCUCAUACCUCACAAGUGGUUGGAACUGUUGGCUUCAUGGCACCUGAACUCAUUCACUCUGGGAGAGCCUCAACUCAAACUGAUGUGUUCAGUUUUGGUGUGUUGGUUUUAGAGGUGUUGAGUGGGAGAAGGCCAAAUGAACAAAAUAAACCAGCAUUGGUUAGUUGGUUAAGGAGACUAGUUGAGAGAGGAGAGGAGUGUUCUGCUCUUGAUGAAAGACUAAAAGGGAGGGGUGAAUAUAGCACAGAUGAGGUUGAGAGAGUGCUUCAUCUUGGUUUGUUGUGCACUCAUCAUGACCCUCAUGUUAGGCCAAGUAUGCGACAGGUUGUGAAGGUGCUGGAGGGAGAGAGUUUAGAUAGGAGCUUGCUUGACAGAAUAAAUUCAGCAGCUGGAUAUGCUGGGAGCUUUGAUUGCAGCAUUCACCCCACUAUGGAUGAAAUUUUUUCCUCUCACUGUUCUUUGACAACUCCUUGUAGCAAUGAGAGCAAAUGAGUUUUCUAGAAAAUCAUUUAACUAUUGGUUCAUUGCUGCAUAAAAUGAAUCACUGCAAUUUUGGGAAGUGUGUUCCACUGUUCCCCAUGAUAUUGGUUAUUGUUCCAUUUCUUUAAUCAGCAUCGGUUGAAUUGUUUGUAUGAAAAUGGCAACAUGUAUUUUUUUUUUUCUAUUUGAUGUAAAUGAUCAUACUACAUAAUAAUAGAUUUCAACAUUUGUUUAUUUUUAA